GGGAGGAGGGGAGGAGGGGAGAAGGGCCGCUGAAAUGUCAAACUACUUCACUUGACGCAAGAUGGAUCCUCUCUCUUUGAUUCAUUACACAAAUGCCGCCGAUAAUACUUUUAAUUAGCUGUCAUCUGUAGUGUUUCACGGCUCUCCCAACACAACAAUGGACUCUAGCAUCAUGGAGAUAAUAGAGGAAUUCAUGGAGAGCGCGCUGGUGCAGUGGGUUCAGCUGUUUGAGAAGAUGGUGGAGAGCGACGACGGCGUCCCCAUCUGCAGCCAGUACAUGGAAGUGAAUUCAAUUUCCCAGAGUACCCGGAGCCGCUACCUGACGCUGACCAAUGGGAUUUACCUCAAUGAGGUCAUGAGAGUCAUAGACCCAAACCCCAAGGUGGAGCAGCUGUACAACAGCGAGAAGGAUGACCACAUGCUGAGAGUCCAGAACUUUUCCAUUUUGAAUCGGCACCUCAGAGCCUUCUACCAGGAAGACCUACAGCAGUUGAUACUGAUGCCGCUCCCUAGCGUCGCCAUUCUGGGGCAGGACCCCUUAACAGAGGCAGCUGUGGAGGAGCUCAGGCGACUGCUGCUGCUGUUGCUGGGAUGUGCAGUGCAGUGUGAGAGGAAGCAGACGUUCAUUCAGCAGAUCCAGUCUCUGGACAUCGAGACCCAGGCAGCCAUUGCCAGCUGCAUUCAGCAGGUGACUCAGGACCCUCGCACGGUGCUGCCGCUUCAGUGGGAAGAGCUGGUGGAGACGGAGGGGGCGGACUUCCAGCUGGUCUUCAGCUCCAUGGCCAAGCAGAUCCAAAGUCUGCUGGCACAGAGGGACACUCACCUGGAGAGGAUAGCGGAGCUGUGCUGCGAGCGGGAGGCGCACGCUGACUCAACCUCGGCACCCCUGGGUGGUCUCGGCGAGGAGCCACCCCAAAGUCUGGCGCUCCAGCUGGCGGACAGCAAGGCCAAGCUGCGUCGCCUCAAACAGCAACUGGAAGACAAAGGUGAUCAGAUACUGGAUUACAAACAGGAGAUACAAACUAUGGAGGAGCAGCUGAAGAAACUUCACAAAGAGCUCCGCUCGCUGCAGAGCGAGGUCAGGGGCAUGCGUGCCCUGCGCGACGAGCUGGACUGCGCCCGUGAGCGAGCGACACGCGCCGAGCAGCUCCAGGCUGAGCUCCAGAGCUGCAAACACAGACUGCGCAGCCUGGACCUCACGCGCACUCAGCUGAAGGAGCAGCAGCAGCUGUGCGCGGCGCUGCAGGAGACCAAGGCUCUGCUGGAGGAACAGCUGGCGGACGCACGGACGCGCUGCUCCACGCUAAGGGAGCUGGAGAGGGACAACCUUCUGCUGCGUCACAAAGUCAUGGACGUGGAAGCAGAGCGAGACACUGAGAGGCAGCGAGUUGACGAGCUGCUGGAGAUGAACAUGAGCCUUCAGGCAGACCUGAGGCACAGCAGCGGCAGCGGCAGCGGCAGCGCUCCGGUGCCAGCAGCUGCGGGCCACCUCCGCUUCCUCCAAUCAGAACUGGACUCUGACGAGGAGCCGAACCAACCGAUUGACGAGAAGCCUCUGAGCGUGGAGGUGGGCGAGGCGUCAACGCUGAGGCUGCUGGGAGCAGAGCAGGAGAACGCUGAGCUCAGGAGACGACUGGAGGAGCUGCAGGCCCAAAAGGAGGCUGACUCUCCAGAUGCUAAGGAAGAGCUGACUUGCCUGGAGACAGAGCAUCAGAACACACUGAGGGAGUUUCAAAACCUGAAGAAUGAAAAUUCCACUUUGAAGCAGCACCUGGAGCAGCUUGUGACCAAGCUGCAGUGUUUAGAAGACAAGAGGAAAGACGAGCCAGCGAGGACUCCACACAGAGAGGAGGAGAAGGAGGAGAGAGGAGUGCAGGGCUCUGAAUCACGCAGGGGGGAAGGCGAAGGCAGGGUGAGGAUGAUGGAGGAGAGGAGAGUGGAAAUAAUCAGGACCCAGAGGGAAGCUGGAGUCGGUGAAGAGGUUCUCCACGUUCAAGGGGAAAAGGGUGAAGUGUGCGAUGAGAUGAUGGAGCCCAAAAGGAGAGGGGAGGCAGAGGGAGGGCAGCAACACAGAGAGAAGCAGGAGAAAGAGCCGACUGCAGCACCAACGAGCCCCGAGACCCCGAAGCACCUGAAGAGUCCAGACGAUAACACGGUGACCACAGCUGCACACCCGGACGUGCACCCCCCAUCGGAUCUCAAUGCGGAGAUCCUGACGAAGCACCUCCAGGAGGCUCAGGACGAGGCCGACCGGCAGGAGGCCGUGAUCCAGGACCUGCGCUCCAGGCUGGCGGAGCAGAGCAGGAAGAGCUGGGAGGCGGAGCAGACGCUGGUGGUCCUGGAGGCGGAGAUGCAGCGUCUGAGGAAAGCCAGCGAGAGUCUGGGGGAGGCCCGCAGGCAGAUAGAGGUGCUGCAGUCCGAGGGUCUGGUGAUGGAGGAGGAGCUGUGCCGCCUUCGGAGCCAGGCGGAGCUCCACAGGAUGCAGACCACGGUCAUCGCCGCCCUGGAGGGAGAGCGGGCCACGCUGGAGAGAGACAGGGACGCGCUACGAGGCACCGUGGACGCCCAGCGCACCGUCCAGCGCAAGGCUGAGCAGCUGGAGCUCAACACGCAGACCCUCAGGGCGGAGCUGGAGCGUCAGGGUCGGAGUCUGGAGACGUCCCGUCGCCGGGAGGAGGAGCUGGAGGCGGAGCUCCGCGAGGCCGCCCGGGAGGCCGGGGUUCUGGCCCGGGCGCGCGACCAGGCGCUGCUGGAGGUCUCGCGGCUUGAGCAGGAGAAGGAGGCGUGCCAGUCGGAGCUGGACGGACAGAGAAAGGAGGGCAGGCAGAGGGAACGAGCGGCGGCGCGGCUGAGGCAGCAGCUGGAGAGCACGACCCUGGCCCUGGAGCACAGCAACCAGAGAGCCCGGGCCCUGGACGCUGAACACAGGCGCGUGUGCCAGCAGCUGUCUGAGUCCAAGGAGCUGUGCGCGCGGCUGCAGGACCGGGAGGAGGAGCUCGGCACUCGAUUGAGCAGCGCCGACGAGGGCAAGCAGCAGCUGCAGGAGCGCUGCGCGGACGCCCGGGCCCAGAUUAGCUCGCUGUCCCAGGACUUAUCGGAUGAGAGGGGACGUUGCCAGGAACUGUCCUCUGAGGUCCAGCGUCUCAACCACAAACUGCUAAAAGCUGAGGCCGAUCUGAAAGCGGCCACCGAGUCCCUGAACCAGUCCCAGGACAGAAUGGAGUCGCUCUCCCAGCGCCUGGCGACGAGCGAGUCCCGGCUGGAACAGAGGAGAGGCAGCAGCGACGUGGACCAUACGUCCAGUGCACAUCCGGACCCCACGGACAAAGCACAGGUCAGCGAGUCACUCACCCAGGCGGCGUCUGACCCGGAUCGGCCCCGUGAAGGCUGCGGCCUCACGACCCACGACGGCGCCGCCGGAGAGGCCGAGCGACGGCUGAGCGAGAGGCUGUUGGAGCUGGAGAAGGAGAAAACCUUGGCCGUUGCAGGACAAGAGGCCCUGCGCUCACGCUUGUCCCAGACCCAGGAGGCCUGCGAGCACCUGAAGGAGCAGCUGGAGGCCCUGCGCCGCCACUCCCUCAGCCUGCAGGACUCCUGCACGCGGCUGCAGACCCUCAACACUCAGCUGCAGGUGGAGCAGGCGUCCACCAGCUCCCAGCAUGCCGUGCUGCUGACGCGCUGCAGCGACAGCGAGGCCAGGUGCGCCGCCCUAGAGGCCGAGUCCAAGGUGUGGGCGCGGGAGCGGGAGGAGUCUCUGGCCAGGAUGGAGGCCCUGCGGAGGGACCACGAGAGGAUGACGGCGCUGCAGCAGCGGCAGGAGGUGGAGCUGGAGGAGCUGUUGGACAAACACUCUCAACUACGGAGCAACAAUCGCAGCCUGGAGGCUCAGCACAGGGAGCUGGAGGCCAGAUACAAGGAGCUCCUGGACGGUAAAAGCCAGCUGGAGGAGAGAGAGCGGGAGAUGAAGGCGGAGAGGGAGGAGAUGGAGGCCGAGGCCCAGAGAAGGCAGGAAACCGAGCGAGAGCUGGAGCGGCUGAAAGAAGAGAGCGAGCGGCUGCAGGCCCAGCACAAGGAGGGGUUGGUGUCGCAGGCGGAGCUGCUGGCUCAGGGCUCGCUGCUGAGGGGGGAGCUCAGCGCCUCCCAGCUGGAGCGGACCCGACUGGAGGGGGAGCUCAGCGCCCUGAGGGAAACCAACCAGAGCCUGGACCUGAGCAAUGCCCGCCUCACCAGCCAGCACCAGCUUUUGAGCCAGUUGAAGGGAAACAUGGAGGAGGAGAACCGUCACUUGGCCGAGCAGAAUCAGAGCCUGCUGAAGGAGAACCGGGCCCUGCUGGAGCAGAGCCUGGAGCGCCGUGACCUGCACUACUCACAGCAGAGGGAGUACCAGGAGAAGCUCAGCGAGCUUCGUCGGGAGAAGCAGAAGCUGGUGGAAAAGAUUAUGGAUCAGUACAGAGUCCUGGAGCCCAGCAUGCAGCCCACAGUCAUCAAGGCCAAGAAAUCUAACUGGAUUGCAGACAGGAUGAAGAAGCUAAUCAAACCCCGGGGAGGAGGGAGAGAGGGACGCGCCCUCUUCACCGCCGCAGGCAGCGUGGAAAACCUGGCCGACAGCACUGAAUUUACAUCAGACACACACGCACCUCAGCCUGACCCACGCAGUGCUCCAGUGUCUCCCUCCCCCUUGAGAAAAGCUCCGUCCCAGACUGAGCCAGACAUCUCUGCUCCCGGGACUCCAGCCCCGCGCUUUGGCUCCGGGGGCCGUCGCAAACUAGGAUCCCGUCACGGCUGGGGCAUUGGCCUCAGCAGAGGAGGCUCGGGGGUUUCCCAGUCCUUCAGUCCCGGCGACCACAAGACACCUCCCCGCCCGCGGCUCCAGUCCAGGACCACCUCCACGGUCCUGUGGGAGGGAGAGAGGGAUGAAAAGAACACGCCUCAGGCAGCGGACUCAGCACUGACGAAUCAGGAGAGCUUUGAGGGGGAUGAAGGCAAAGACAGUCAACAGUCAAGUCACGACGACGCACCGGCCUGUGAAGGAACUUAAACGCGAUCAUGUGUUCUGUUUUAAUGCAGCUUUUCGUUUGUCUGUCUCUUUUAAUAUCACAUCCUUGUAGUAUUUUUUGAUACAUGAAUAAACAAAUCUUUUAUCACUGA